AUGGCUCUCCUGCGUCGAGUGAUGGAAAUUGUUGAUCCACAAAUCAUAAUGGAAGAGAAAGACGCAUCUAGUAGGAUCAGCCAAAAUACUGAAGGCAAUGUAACCCAGGAAUGCUUGGCAUCAAUACUUCAAAUUGGAGUUGCUUGUUCCGCUGAAGGCCCAAAAGAGCGGAUGGAUAUUAAAGAUGUUCUCAAGGAACUACAACGGAUUAGAAAUCAAGCAAAUAGAGGAUGGUGGCUAAAGCUGCCAGAUGUGAUGGCCAAUGAUGGUUUACAACAGAAAGUAAGUUUCACUUUCCUUCUCGCUUAUCUUCUCUUUUACAUUCACUCCAUUGGUUUUUUAUCCAAACCAACUUCUGGUUUCACAAACGAAACCGACCACGAAGCUCUGAUCGCCAUUAAAGAUCUAGUAACAUCCGACCCUUCGCAAUUUCUUAGUUCGUGGACCGAUUCUAUUCAUUUUUGCAACUGGCACGGAGUUACAUGUGGGAGUCGACACCAACGAGUAACCGUCCUAAACAUGUCAUCACUUCACUUGUCUGGUUCCCUGUCUCCUCACAUAGGUAACCUUACAUUCCUUGAAGAUAUCAAUAUUCAAAAUAACAACUUGCGAGGCACAAUCCCUCUAGAAAUUGGCAGGUUGUUUCGCCUGCAAUAUCUUCUUUUCGCAAACAACUCUUUCCAAGGGACAAUUCCGACCAAUCUGACUCAUUUUCCACGUAUCCGGGUCACUGAUUUGAAAGGAAACAACCUUGAAGGUAACAUUCCUCCUGAGUUAGGCACUUUGUCUAAUCUCUAUCAACUGAGUCUUUCCAGAAAUCAUUUCUCUGGAAACAUUCCACCUUCACUUGGAAACCUCUCUGCUCUUCAAAUUCUUGACCUUGCAGGGCCAAUACCGUUAAAUUUAGGAAGCCUUCAAUAUCUGCAAGUUUUACAUAUUGCCGGUAACCCACUUGGAACUGAUAAGGCCAAUGAUAUCAGCUUCCUAACCACCUUGAUUAAUUGUACCAAUCUAAGAGUACUGAGUUUAUCUAGAAUUCAGAUUGGUGGAAAUUUACCCAAUUCGAUCGGAAAUCUGUCCAGCACCCUCACAUCGGUAUGGUUGGAUCAGAACUACAUAUCUGGAAACAUACCUCAAGAGAUUACAGAGCUUGUUGGCUUAUCUUGCAUCACGAUAGAUACAAACAUGCUCACAGGUAGCAUUCCCAAUUCCAUUGGCAAACUUACCAAUUUACAAGAAUUCUACGUUUUCACAAAUAACAUUUCCGGGGAAAUUCCAUACUCUAUUGGCAACAUCACUGGAUUAGCUUCUCUUAUUUUAGAAGAAAAUAUGCUCGAGGGAAGCAUACCUGUUUCUUUGGGUAAUUGCAGUAACUUGCAAGGACUCCAUCUUGCACAAAAUCGCCUAACCGGUGGCAUACCUGGAGAAGUCAUUGGCCUGUCUUCGCUCUAUCUCGGUUUCAUCGUACGCCAGAACUAUUUAACAGGACCAUUGCCAUCACAAGCUGGCAAGUUGGAGAAUUUGGUAUCACUGGAUAUUUCAGAAAACAAAUUGUCUGGUGAAAUCCCGAGUGCUCUUGGGAACUGUCUGAUGUUGAACUCCCUGCAUAUGGAAGACAACUUUUUUGAAGGAACCAUUCCUUCAGAGCUAAAAAACUUGAAAGCCAUUCAAUUCAUGGAUUUUUCACACAACAAUUUGUCCGGGAAUAUUCCAUUGUUUCUUGGGCAGUUGAAUUUACUUGCCGAUCUCAAUCUUUCCUUCAACAAUUUUGAGGGUGACGUGCCAAACGGAGGAGUUUUCAAAAACAUCACUUCAUUUUCAGUUCUAGGAAAUAGAAAUCUAUGUGGAGGGGUCAAGGAACUACAAUUGCCCGCAUGUCCCACAGAAAGGGUUAAAAAGCGUUCUACACAUACAGUGAUAUUGGUCGCAAUUACCAUUGGGGUUUCCAUCAUUUUCUUGGCAGUAUGUGUUUGUGCUGUUCUUUAUCGAUUAAGAAAGUCCAAACAACCCUCUCUAGUGUCAACAGAAGAAAACCAAUAUCCGAAACUUUCUUAUGCAGAACUACAUCAAUCUACCAAUGGAUUCUCUUUAGAUAACUUGAUUGGAAAGGGAAGAUAUGGUUCUGUUUAUAAGGGGAUUCUCAAUUCCGGUGAGCAAACUGUUGCUGUGAAAGUCCUUAACCUUCAAGAAAGUGGAGCAGACAAGAGCUUCUUGGCAGAAUGUAAAGCAUUAAGGAGCCUCCAUCAUCAGAACCUAGUAAAGGUCAUCACCUCAUGCUCAAGCUUAGAUUUUAAAGAUUUCAAAGCUUUAGUCUUUGAGUUCAUGUCAAAUGGAAGUUUAGAGAGCUGGUUAUAUCCAAGUUCAACUGAGCAGAAUGACACAAAAAAGUUGAACCUAACCCAAAGGCUAAACAUAGCAAUCGAUGUAGCCUCUGCACUGGAAUAUCUUCAUCAUCAUUAUGAUAUACCAAUCGCUCAUUGUGAUUUAAAGCCGAGCAAUGUUCUUCUUGACAACAAUCUCUGUGCCCGUGUGGGUGAUUUUGGCCUAGCAAGAUUUCUUUUAGCUACCACAGGAGACACCAACUAUGCACAAAGCAGUUCAAUUGGGAUUAGAGGAACAGUUGGAUACGUCGCUCCAGAAUACGGUGUGGGUGGAGACAUAUCAACACAAGGUGAUUUGUACAGUUAUGGAAUCCUCUUAUUGGAAAUGUUUACAGGAAAAAGACCAACCAACGACAUGUUUACAGAUAAUUUCAACCUCCAUAGCUAUGCUAAGAUGGUUCUCCCACAUCGAGUGAUGGAAAUUGUUGAUCCACAAAUCAUAAUGGAAGAGGAACACGGGUCUAAUAAGACCGGCCAAAGUUCUGAAGGCAAAGUAAUAGAGGAAUGCUUAGCAUCGAUAUUUCAAAUUGGAGUUUCUUGUUCUGCUGAAGGCCCAAGAGAACGAAUGGAUAUUAAAGAUGUUCUCGUGGAACUACAUAGGAUUAGAAAUGUACGAGUUCAUGUUCAAAGACCGGGUGAAGAGGCAGAUAUAGCGACUACAUCUUAUUUGAAGACACUUAUGUAGAUUAUGUUUAUUUGAUAUAGUAUGGAACUAUGGAUGUAUUUGUUUUUUUUUUUUUUAAGAGGGAAAACUAUGGAUGUAUUUAAAAGACUGAUUUACUACAUAAGC